CAAUGAUUGGCCCUCUGGGUGACAUGUGACCUGUAGCCAUUGACUUAUUACCUGGAAAAGUCAACAUCUCCAUACCUGGGAGUUCACCGUGAAGGUUAGGCGGGCUCUUGCUCUUGGACUGAGAGCAUCAGUUUUAGAUUUUGUACUUGCUGUACUUUUUUAUCCUUUUUCAGCAAUGACAUCCAAGAGGCAGUUUGGAUGGCGAAAGCUAUUUUUGAUAUUCACAGUACUUCCGUGCUGUUGGAGUUUGCAGGUUUCUAUUCCAGAGAGAGAAUAUGAGGUUGCAAGAGGAGGUGAUAUUACUUUGACCUGUUCCUUCGUCCCGGCCAGACCAGUCAACAAUGCACUCGUCCUCACAUGGGAUGCUUUCCCUGAGAAUGUUGGUGAUCCAAUGGACUUGGUGGCCACCUACUUCAUAAACAAUCCGAUUGAUAUUGCACCUAAUUAUGAAGGCAGAGCCAUUAUGGAGAUUGAUGGACAAACGAGUAGACUGCACUUAUCAAAGGUGACCAUGAAGGACAGCCGCCGUUACCAAUGCAGUGUCAUGAUCCCCAAUGAUGAUGAGGGAACAACAGCUGCAACCACUUCCCUUUUGGUCCUGGUGCCUCCCUCUCCGCCGAUCUGCAGGAUUCAGGGAGAAGCAGCUUACUGGCACAACGUCACCCUCACCUGCAUGUCUAAUGAGGGAUCCCCAAUACCUGUCUAUGAAUGGAAGAGCUACAGUGUCAAAAACACUCCAAGACAAUUUCCACCUAAGACAAUUGAAAAGGAUGGAGCUCUAUCUCUCUUCAAUAUUUCAAGAGACACGUCUGGUUUCUACAUUUGCACAUCAACAAAUCGAAUUGGUUCUGCCAGUUGCAACUUUACUUUAGCUGUGACGCCUGGCAACAUGAACAUUGGGUCCACUGCAGGAAUAAUUGUCGGAGUCCUCGCAGGUGUCGUGUUGCUGGGGAUUGUCAUCCUUUGUUACUGCAAGAAAAAGGGCAAAAAGGAAAAGUAUGCUGAAGGUUCCCCCGGAGAAGUGGAGUUUUAUGACAGAGAUGCUCCUGAAGUUGGAAAGCAGUACUGGGAUGACAAGUCAACCAGCGAGACACAGCAGGUCAACCAGCAGGAAGACAAAGACGUUGUUCCUCAAAACAAUUUCAGCGUAGGAAUGGCUGCACACAAGUUGGAGGAUGAUCAACACAGUUACUAUAGUGGUAAAGAAAGGCAUGAUGGCAAGGGCAGUGAUGUUGACUCUCAACGUUACCAGGAAGACCAGCAAGAUCGCCGUCGUGGAAGUCGUGAUCGCCUUGACGAUGAACGUAGCCAUUACAGUGGAAGUCAGGAUAGGCUCGAUGAUCAGCGUAAUCGCUCCAGUGGUAGUCGUGAUCGCCUUGACGAUCAACGUGGCCGUUACGGAGGCAGCCGCGAUCGCCUUGACGAUCAACGCGAUCGUUACAGAGGCAGUCGCGAUCGCCUUGACGAUCAACGCGAUCGUUACGGAGGCAGCCGUGAUCGCCUUGACGAUCAACGCGAUCGUUACGGUGGCAGCCGCGAUCGUCUUGACGAUCAACGCAAUCAUUACGGUGGCAGCCGCGAUCGCCUUGACGAUCAACGCGAUCGUUACGGUGGCAGCCGCGAUCGCCUUGACGACCGCCGUGAUCGUUCUGCUGGAAGCCGUGAUCGCCUCGAUUACAUUGACGAUCAAAACAAAAACAGGUAUUAAUAACCUUGUGUUACUGAAUGUUCUUUUAAUGCCCUAA